CAGAAGAGCGAAAGGAUCUUCAUGCAAGUAAUCCGUUAGUUAGAGAAGAUACUUUCUCAAAGCUACUUACACAUAUGAAAUGAAUAUUCAAGUAUACUGGCCAAGAAACCAUUCAUUAAAGGUCAACGACGGGAAAAAAAAUUCAACAACCGAAUUUCAUCAUAUUAAUAGGGUUUUAUUAGAAGCCGCUGAUCGCAUGGUUAUGCAAUCUGAUUACAGAGACAUAUUUCAUGAUGUGCAAUUACGAAACAUUUUUUUAGAAAAAGAUACGUUAACAGCUACAUUUUUACUUCAGUUAUCAGAGAAUAGCGACGAAAAUCAGCUCACAUCCGUAUUUAAAAAAUAUUUACGACAAAGCAACUUUAGUAUUGGAAGCACUGGAUUGCACCCUUCACAAAGAAGAAUUAAACUAUUAGCUUUCAAAGAUUUUGAUGAGUGUGGUAAUGAAAAUUUUAAUGAUUGCUCCAUCAAUGCUCACUGCUUCAACUUGAUUGGCAGCUACACUUGCAGUUGCAAGGAAGGUUAUAUAGAUAUAGCUGAUAACGCUUUAUAUCAAGGUCGCCAUUGCUCAGAUAAAACUAUUGGCUGCGAUAGGUGUAACUAUAAUGGCAAAUGUAUAAAGGAGCCUGUCGACAAAGGGCACCAGGCAAUAACUACAUGCAAGUGCUAUUCUUGGUACACUGGAACGAAGUGCCAAGUUAACUUGAAGAUUAUAAUAAUCAUUCUUUUUACGAGCGGCACAAUUUUGUCAACUCUGCUUCUGUUCUUGUUUUUACUAAUAAACACAAAACUUCAAAAGCAUGGUAAUUUGAAAACAAGGCCAUUAUUUACUGCAGCUUCCAUUUUACAUCCUAGUAUAAUAAAAUCAAACGACGGAGAAACUAAUAGUAAAUUUACCGAAAACGUGAAGUCCACUUCAAAAAAGAAACCCAACAGUGUGAAUAAUUUCAAGCACCUAUCACUUCAAGAAAAAAGGGCGACACGAAAUUGCAAGGUCGUUUCAGCUCGUAAUAUAAGCAACGAUUUUAAAACAAUAAGAGAAAUUGAAGAAUAUGACUUUUCACAUUGUAGUACCGACCUUAGCCCUGAUCAUAAGGAACAAAACGAUCGAUCUCUUACUCUUAUGAUUCCACGAGCCAAAUUUUGCAUUUUUCAGAAAGCCUUUUUGAAUUAUAACGCUAAUAGAUCAAUUAUUGAUAAUGAACAGCAAAAUAUAAUGCAUAAAGAUGAUGCUAAUAUACUUCCCUGUAGACCUGGACUUGCUCUGAACUGUAAGAAUCAUUCGAAAAGUUCAACGUUGUCAGAUAUAAAUAUAUACAGAGGCAUCAGUACAAAGAGAUCUUCUCUGGUAUCUGCGGGUUUUGAGGUAUCUGCCGUUGUUACCGAUAAAAAUGUAUUAGAAAUCCCAAUAUUACAUAACAUGACUUCUUUUAAUGAAGCAUAUGAUGUGGAUGAGGAUAACGCAAUCUCCUUAAUUGAGGAUGCUAAUACAAUGACUGAAAGAGAUUUGGGCUCCACUUUUUUGUUGCCACAUACACAUCUUUAUAAGCCCGACAAGAUUCCGUGUGACCUUGCUGGAAUAUAUUCGUCAUGAACAUCUAGUUUUCAAUGUUUUUUAAUUUUUAUCGAUAAUUAUAAGUACCUAGGAACCUACAAAAUAUGAGUAUAUGAUAAAUGAAUAAGGCUUAAUAAAUCUUGUUGAAAAAUUUCCCCCA